GGAGCGUUUGCCUGCUCUGCUCCAAGUGAUUAUUAGUGACAAGAUUUGGAACAAACCAUUCCAUCAUUUGUUACUAGGUAUUCAUAUGCGGAGCUGGCUGAUCAGGGCCCACUAUGUAGUUUGAAAGCAACCCUUUCACUGGAUGUACUUCUAGAGCUUCCCAUUAUUCACGUCGUCUCCACGUUCCACACUUGACCUUUCCGCCCUAUGAGUAUAAACGCGCGCGUCAUUACCUACUUGGGAGGUACCUAGGCCAGAUACCUACCUCCAAGCACCUCCGUGAUCUCAUUCCCCAAGCUUCCACCACCUUCCCACCACCACCACUUCUACCACAACCAACAAACAAUAACCAUCAACGCCACACUUUCUCACAAAACCUACCCCUCUGCGGACCUGUCUAGCUUACAUUCAACCUUCACAACCACUCUUUAGCAUACGAAAUAAAUCAAACGCACAUCAGCCACCAUGCCUUCGGAUCUCGAAAUGCUCGUCGACAUGGGCUUCGACAAGGAACGGGCCGAGAUCGCCUGCAAGCAAAGUGGCGGACUCCAAGGCGCCAUCGACUGGCUAGACAAGAACCAGGAGAAAAGCCUCGAUGAGAUCAAAGCAAGCCAGGCGAGCGCUUCGGAAGAACCCCCAGAGGUCAAACCGGGUGAGGAGCUGGCAAAGAGUCUGAUCUGUGAUGAUUGUGGGAAGAAGUUCAGGUCUACAGCUCAGGCAGAGUUCCAUGCAAGCAAAUCCGGCCACGAAAACUUCAGCGAAUCCACCGAAGAGAUCAAGCCCCUCACGGAGGAAGAGAAGGCUGCACGACUUGCCGAGAUGAAGGAAAGGCUCAAGGACAAGCGUGCCGCGCAGGCCGAGCAAGACAAGAUCGACCGCAAGAAGAACGAACAGAUCCGAAUGAAGGCGACGAAGGAAAGCCAAGACAUCAAAGAGGAGUUGCAGAAGAAGGAGCGUCUGAAGGAGGCACAAGCGAAGAAGCGUGAGAAGCAGGAGGAAGCAGAGGCGAGGGCACGUGUUCUGGCCAAAUUGGAGGCAGACAAGGCAGAAAGGAAGCGGAAAGCUGAAGCAGAGAAAGCUGCCCGGGCUGGAAAGGCACCACCUCCUGUUGCGGAGCCAUCAGUACCUACAUCCUCUGGGCCUACUACUUCGAAACCCGCUUCCGCGUACACAGAGGCUAGGCUGGCUCUACAGACUUCGUCUGGACGCAUAACCAAGACUUUCCCAGUCGAGACCACGCUGUUCGAGGUCGCCCAUGCACUUGCACAGGAAGGCCACCAGGUCAACUCCUUCACAACAAAUUUCCCAAAGAAGGUGUACGAUCAGACAGAUUUCGGUCUGACGUUGAAGGAGGCCGGCCUUGUACCGAGCGCAGCUCUCAUAAUCAAGUAAACUUACGAUUUGAGAGUCACUUGAUUGCGAGGCACUUUUGCGUAAGAGAGGCGUCGGUGUUUUAAAAGGAGCAUGGUGUGGAAAUACAGGAAAGCAAUGAUGACUGAUGAUGAACACGAUUGGUAUGGUUAAGGACUAUGUGAUCCCAAUCUGACAUUUGAGCAGCAAUAGCUCGCCUCUUUGAGGGGAUGACAUGAAAAUUAAUGAACUCUACAUUGCUC